AUGGUAUUGGUAUUGGAUACGUGGGAAGAGGAUAAGAUUGGGAUAGUGGGUCAUUCCUUCAAAGCAUUACAGUCAAUGGAAAUUGGGAAUCUUACUCAACGCGGUCUAAAUGAGACUUUGUACCCCGCGCACCCACCAAGUGGUGAACACGUAGGAAUAGAGUUAGAGAAAUUAACAAGCAAGAGACAAAGGUAA